GACUCGUUUAGAGGGAGGAAAGUGCUAACGUGUAGAGAGGGAAAGAGAAGGAGAGAGAAAGAGAAGCAGAGUGGCCGAUCUGCUUAUUUCGAGAAACAUACCUUUACCUGUAUAAUCAUUGUCAUAGAUUUGGAAAGAGAUUAAAGCAGUGAAUUCUUUCAUUAAGGAGUUAAAGAAAAUCGAAGUGGGAAGGAUACGAAUCGUAUUUUCAUUUCGAUCCUAUCGUAUCGAGACGAGACUAUGCAGGGAAAAAGAAAUCCGUAAAGGUAACGAAGAACGAUCGAAGGAAGACGACAACGGAAAAUCAUAAUAACGAAGAUAAAGAUUUCUUUCCAUCGUAGAAACAUGCUAAUUCGUCUGUCACGAGGAGGCGUGACGAGUCGUAGGUCGCAAGAGUUUCGAGCACGAUUCUUCUCGUGACCGAAUUCUGAGGUUCGGGUGUGUACGAAGUAUACGGUGCGUGCCUAAGUACGAAAUCAAGAGAAAACGGUUUAUUGAGAUUUUCCUCGAUGAGAUAUACAAUACCGCGUGCGAGUUUCUAUCUUCCUCUUUCGCAUUUUUUCUCGACGUUCUAUCGCUAAAGAAUAUCAUUACGUCCUCAAGGCUAUUUUGGAAUAGAGUUCACUCUGUCUGGUUUGUCCAAGAUAUUCGGCUAUGGUUGUAGCCAGUGGUGGAUGGGUACAAAAUGCCAAUUAUCCUGCUGCUCAGAAUAAUAACAACCUGAGCUUGAGCAACAUGCAGGACAAUAAGAUGGCACCGAAAGUUGUCCUGAUUUGCAGGGACAACUCUCAUCCGUUUCAAGAACGUACAUUGACUUUGGAAGAACCUGUGAAAAUAGGUCGUUCGGUGGCCAGAGUAAGGGCUGCUCCAAAUAAUGCGAUCUUUGACUGUAGAGUGUUGUCAAGGAAUCACGCGUUGCUUUGGUAUUCCGGUGGAAAAUUUUACUUACAAGAUACUCGUAGUAGCAAUGGAACAUUCAUUAACAAUCAAAGGUUAAGUACCUCUGGUUUAGAAUCUGCAGCCGAAGAAGUAUGUUCGGGAGACAUAGUUCAAUUUGGAGUGGACGUGGUAGAGAAUACGAAGAAAGUCACGCAUGGUUGUAUAGUGGCAACGAUAAAACUUUAUCUGCCAGAUGGUAAAGAAGCUAAGGCUAGUCUCAGCACGUCCGUUACACCGGUAGGAAGUAAUGUUUCCUUAGAGGAUUUAUAUAAAUUGUAUCAAGUUAUACAAGAAGCUUCUAGGAGGGAAAAGGCGCUUAAUUCUAAACUAGGACAUCUUCAACAACUAGUAGAAAAUAUUCGUAAAGUUACUAAUCAGUCAUGGAAGGCAUUGAUAACGGAAGAUCGUUUGUUAUCAUGGGUUGAAACUGUGGAAAAUCAACUGGUUGUUUAUUCUAAAAAUUACACAGAAGAUAAAAUUAGAAACGAACUUGUAAAACUCCAAGAGGAAAAAGCACAAUAUCAAAAUACAGCGAAGGAAGCAUUGCAGAAAAUUUUGCAAGAAAAACUGGAAAUUGCUAAAAGGCUAGUACACGUAGAAACUCAAUUAAGCGAAACAGAGGAAGAAAAUCAGAGUUUGCACAAUGUUUCGAAAUAUACUCAAAAUGAACUGCAAGAACUCAGUGUUAAAUAUACGGAAGUACAAAAGAAACUGCAGGAAACGACGAACAAACUUUUGGAAACUGAAGAAAAAUUAAAAGUAGUGAAGCAAAAUGCGGAACAAGAGAUACAAGUUAUAUUAAAAACAUUGGAGCGUCAAGAGGCAAAAGAACAAAACUUGUUGGCAAGAUUACAAAAAUCUAGAUUAAGUUCGGUUAAUAUUCUUAAGCAGAUCACUGCCUUGAGAAAUUAUAUGCAAACUUUGCAAGAUAUGGAUCCAAAAUUAGUUACGAGUGAAAAUUUUGAUUCAAAGGAUGGAGAGAAUCCUAUAGAUGCUAUUAAUGCAAUUUUGAAUAAGUUAAAUUCUAUUAGUGCUGGCAAUAUAGAAAUGGAUUCUGAAAGUAAUUUUAAAGAAGAACAGGAUAACCAAUUUAAUUUACAAGAUAUAGAUUCUAAUCAAUUGAAAGUAGCGAAUUCUGAAUCAUUUAGUUCAAAAGAGAAACUGGAUGAUCUGGCAGUGGGAAAUGAUAACUUAACAGAAUAUAUUUUGCCACCUCCAUCUAGGAGAACAUUAGUAAAUGGAAAUGCUAAUUUAGACAAUUUGGAUAUUAAUUCUGAUGCUGAUAUAGAUUCGGAUGCAACGGAUGAAACAUGCAGUGUUGCUAGUGACGAUGUCAGCAUAAAAUCUACUAUAGAAAACAAAAAAGAAGAACAUGCCUUCGGAGAGACUAAAGAGAUAUUUGUACCACAUAAAGCGGAAGUUAGAUUUGCAUCCAAUGAAAAUGGCGAACAAUUGGAAGUUUAUUAUGAGCCGACAGAACAAACGGAGAAGGAGAACGAAUUAUUAGAAAAAGCAAGCGAUACUGUAGAUUCUGAAAAAUCUUUUAGAGAAGUAGAGAAUAUAACAACAGAGAAAUAUGAACAAAUUGAAGAAAAAAAUGUCAAUGAAAAAGUUGACUUAAAUAAAGACUGCGACGAAGAUCAUCUAGAAGGAGAUUAUAUUAAGACAUUAAAGCCUAUGACUAAGAAUGAAAGUAUGCAGCAGAGUUUGCAUUCAAAAGAAUAUAUAUUGCAUACUCUAAUUGGAUCUUUAGAUUCUUUAAAAGGUGAAGACAGUCUGGAAGCACAACAAGUGGUCAAGCAGGAAUUAGAAGAAUUAAGAGACUCGUUGAUUCAUGAACCAACUGAAAUCAUUAUGGAUAGGUUGAAGGAAUUGUAUUACCGUGCGAAAAAUGAGGCUCAAAGGAUGCAGGAAGUUAAUGAAGAAUUAGUAAUAGUGAAAGAAAAGUACAAUGCCUUCUUAGAUGAAAGAGGAGAACUAUUAAAAAAAUAUACAACAUUAAAGCAACAGUGUGGUGAUUUGCUAAAUGCAACCUACACUGUGCCAAUACAUUAUGUUGUUCCCAUUGUAAUAGUGUUAGUGUGCAUGUUGCUAGAAAAAAUCUUCUAAUGUUUUUUGCUUUUGUAAAUAAUUUUCUCUAUGAGAAGUAAUAUAUCUCCUUUUUAAUUUUUUAUCUACAGUAAUAAUAAUAAUAAUGAUAAUGAUAAUAAUAAUAAUAAUAUUAAUAAUAAUAAUAAUAUUAAUAAUAUUAUAAUAAUUAAUAAUAGUAAUAAAAAAAAAAUAACAAUAUUAGUUAUAAUAUGUGGUGCAAUCACAAACUCAAGUUUUAUUCUGUAUAACUGUAGAAGUGGAUUUAGGUCUGGACAAUUCAUAAUCUCUAUUUGAGAAACUUAACGUUUUUUUAUACGAUUAAGAUUAAACAAAUGUGUAAAUAGUAUGAUAUACAAAUGAACGUAUCCUUAAAGAACCAAAUUCAGGAA